GCCCUUUGUUCCCCAAUAUCAACCACACAUACCAACAGAAAAAAAAAAAAAAAAAAAUCUCCCUCUCGUGGAAGGCGGGUUCGGUGGUCUCCGCCGAGUUAGGGUGGGCGAUGGUUGGGUAGAGGGAGGCAGGAAGAAGAGGUUAAAGGUUCAAUGGCUUUUCAGGAUCCAUUAAAAGUACAAGGGUACUUUGGACCGAAAAUUCUGAGUCCGGAUGCAGCCGUUCCUCCGGAGUCCAAAUACCCUCCCCUCUGUCUAGCGGUUUGGACUCCUGGCAAAUCAGGGAUCUGAGAUUCUGAUUACUGAUGCCGGGCGGGCCCCACCUAAAUUUAGUCAACGCCGGAAUCACUGGGGAAAUAAAUUCUGAUUCCGUUUCUUCUGCUCGCAUUCCGCUUUGGCCCAUCGAUUGAAAAACCCUAAACCGCCUCAAACCACGCCCAGAGGGAACUGACCGGUCCAAGUCAGUAACAAUUUCUCGCUCAAUUGAUGGAGUAUUUCGUUUUAGUACUAAAUCACACGCGAUUAAAUUCCAAUUACACUUUAAUUGAUGCUAAUUUUGUUUAUUGUUUAAUCUGUUUGUCUGAGUAGACAAUUAGGGAAAAUAUUUUUCCUUUUGUAGCUGUAUUUUUCAUCAUUAUUGUUGGGAAUCGAUCCUCGGUACAAUGGAGAAUGCUCUGCCUUUAAUAUACUUUGAGAAAAAGAGUCUGAACUCAAGCCAACAAGGCUCUCCGCCUUGCAAGGUCAGAAAAGAACGUCUAUCGUACGCAACUUCAGGGAGUAACGUCUAUCGUAUGCAACUUUACCUUUCUUUUGCAAAUAGGUUUUUUUACAACUCAAACCCGUGACAUUUUGGUCACGAACGAGCAAUCUUUCCGUCGCCAAGGCUCGCCCUCGCAUAUUGUUAUGAAACUUUUGGAAAAUUUUCAUUUUUACUGUUUUAUUGAACUGGCAAAGUCAGCAAAGUUAGUUAGGAGUGUGGGUUUGCAGCUGUUAGUUAGUUCGUUACUGGGUUUGGGCGGGAAAAGGGAGAGAGCAUUCUCUUAUAAAUGCAGCAAAGGUGUUUGGUUUUAAGUCUCUGAGAAAGAAAAGGAAGUUAUAUUUAAGUUUUUUCAGAGGCUUUCCCUGCAGCAAGAAAUCCCAUUUGUUAUUAUUUUUGUUGCGAUCAUUCAAGAUCAUCUUUGAUCACGAUUUGAGAUCAUGAAUGAUCACCUUCGUCAGUCCGGAGGACACUUUUGGGGUAUGACGAGCUCUGAACCUGCGAGUCCAGAAAUUGAGCAACAAGCCAAUCCUGCCCCAAGGAGGCCUCGGAUUCUACUUGCUGCUAGCGGAAGUGUAGCUGCCAUAAGGUUUGGCAACCUAUGCCAUGGUUUUUCGGAAUGGGCAGAAGUAAAAGCAGUUGCCACAAGAGCAUCUUUGCAUUUCAUUGAUAGGGCAUCACUUCCCAAGGAUUUAAUCCUGUACACUGAAGAGGAUGAAUGGUCCACCUGGAACAAAGUUGGUGAUAGUGUGCUUCACAUUGAGCUCCGCAGUUGGGCUGAUAUCUUGGUUAUCGCCCCGUUGUCAGCAAACACACUAGGCAAGAUUGCUGGGGGAUUGUGUGACAAUCUACUGACGUGCAUUGUACGAGCAUGGGACUACAGCAAGCCUUUCUUUGUUGCACCAGCCAUGAACACUUUGAUGUGGAAGAAUCCCUUCACGGAGCAACAUAUCAUGUCGAUUGAUGAACUUGGAGUUUCACUCAUCCCACCUGUGACGAAGAGGCUGGCUUGUGGAGAUUAUGGGAAUGGAGCAAUGGCAGAACCUUCUGUGAUUUAUUCCACCAUAAGGCUCUUUUUCGAGUCACGAGUUCAACAGAGUGGUAAUAUCAUUCAGCAAUCAGUAUAAUCGUAAAGCUGCCAUGUUGAGAUUCGACGACAGAAUUUGACUUGAGGCCCGAUGACAGAAUCUGGUUUGGCAUCCUUAACAUUCUAGAAUUGUCGUUGCAGGUUCUUUGAUCUUGUCUUAGGUGCAUUUUGUGAUUUGGUUUGUGAACCAGGCUAAUUAUACAUCUAGAAUUUAUAGGAGUUGAAUUGGAUUCGGCUCAUCAUUUGGUUCUAAUCUCAGAAGAAGUUAUCCAUGUCCCAAUGCAAUUGGUUCUGGAUUGUGAUUUAUGCUUGAAUAAUGUCCCUUUGAGUCUUAUAUUAUCCGCAAUUGGUUCUAGUGAGUGAUGUAGACAUGAGAUUGAUCUUGUGUGAAGGUACUGUUUGUCCGCGUCA